GAGUAAAUGUUAAAUAAUUUGGGUGCCCACAGCUGCAUGUAAUUUUGUAACCUUAAAAAUGUUUUGUUUACUUUUGCGCCAUACGCGUAAUUCCCGUCAAAUAAUAUUCAAGCAAUUUUUAAAACCACAACUUAACACAGUCAGCAAAGGACUGCACACCACAAAAUUACUGCAGCAUGGAGAAUACGAGUGGAAAGAUCCCAAAUCGCCGGAUGAAAUCGUUAACAUAACGUACGUGGACAAGGACGGUAAACGCAUCAAGGUGCAAGGAAAAGUGGGCGACAAUGUGCUGUAUUUGGCGCACCGGCACGGCAUCGAAAUGGAAGGUGCCUGUGAGGCAUCGUUAGCUUGCACCACGUGUCAUGUGUAUGUGCAGCACAACUAUCUCGAAAAGUUAAGUGAAGCCGAUGAGAAGGAGGACGACCUGCUGGAUAUGGCACCCUUUCUGCGAGAGAAUUCCCGCCUCGGCUGUCAAAUAGUGCUCGAUAAGAGCAUGGAAGGAAUGGAACUGGAGCUGCCUAAGGCGACCCGCAACUUCUAUGUGGAUGGGCACAAGCCAAAGCCACAUUAAUGGAGCGCUAAAACGUUAUUAUUAUUGUUGAAUCCCAUUGAAUAAAAGAUUGUGUUUUAA